CUUAUCUUCCCACCCCCCGACACUUUAGAACCCUGCCGUCCUCACUGCCCAGUAAUCAGAGAAGAAGCAUGGCAGCCACACUCAGCCUCCUCAGACUCCCCAUGCUUCCCCCAAAGCCUACUGGUUGCCUCUCAAAAAUCCAACAAAGUUCAUCAAUCCCAACAAAACCCAGCAAUGGCAAGGGCUCAACAAAGGUCCUCAUAACCACCAUUGACCGCCUUAAGUCAACUUCUUUCCCUCUCACAGCUCUCACAUUGCCAUUUUUGCUGGACACCAAGGAUGCACUUGCUGCAGAUGGGGAGUUUGGGAUAUUUGAGGGAAGGACAUUUGCUCUGAUACACCCAAUUGUGAUGGGAGGGCUGUUUGUGUACACGUUGUGGGCAGGUUACUUGGGUUGGCAAUGGAGGAGAGUGAGGACAAUCCAGGAAGAAAUUAAUGAGCUCAAGAAGCAGGUGAAGCCUACCCCUGUCACACCUGAGGGGACUCCAGUCGAAGCUCCCCCAUCCCCUUUUGCACUCAAAAUUCAGCAGCUCACUGAGGAAAGGAAGGAGUUGGUGAAAGGAUCUUACCGGGAUAAACAUUACAAUGCAGGAUCAAUAUUGUUAGCUUUCGGAGUUUUUGAGUCGGUUGGUGGAGGACUUAACACAUGGUUGAGGACAGGAAAGCUAUUUCCAGGCCCCCAUUUGUUUGCCGGGGCAGCUAUCACGGUGCUAUGGGCAGCAGCGGCGGCUCUUACGCCUGCAAUGCAAAAGGGAAGUGAAACAGCCAGAAACCUUCACAUUACGCUGAAUGUGAUAAACGUUCUUCUUUUCGUGUGGCAAAUACCUACUGGAUUGGAGAUAGUUCUGAACGUGUUCAAGUUCACUAAAUGGCCCUGAAUUGCAGACAUUCCAAAGGGUGAGGAUAUUAGUUUAGCUACCAUCUGCGAUUGCAAACCUAUGUUCUUUCCCUUUUUUCCUCUGCUAAUUUUGAUAGCCUUGUACCCAAAAUUAUCUUCGUUAAGCGCUAAGAAUUACUUUUAAGCGUCGGAUGCUGUGUCCAUUCCAGUUAAAUAUUUGCAUAUGUUAAAGAGAAUUUAAUUCUA